GUCUAUUUCCGCCCCCAUGGUCGUUCUACGCGGGAACUCCGCCAUCUUGAAAUGCUCGUUCCCAGAUCUUUCACCCGAUGACGUCGUCACGUGGGUGACAACUCCCAGGAAAGUCAUAUCCAGCGGGAGCAAGGUGUCGAGAAAAUACCGCAGACAUCGGGUAGUCGGUGAUCACAAGAGAGGAGAAUACAACUUAGUCAUCAACAACUUGCAGUUGGAGGAUGGAGGGGAGUACCUCUGCAGCACGCUAGAGGGAGCAACGAAGGAAGUGAAGCUUGUAGUUGUUGCACCACUGUCUGCCCCGCCAAAAAUUAGUGGAGGAGAAAUUCCAUCGAAGGCGGGCGAAAGUUUGCACCUCAGCUGCCGGUCGGUAGGCGGCAAUCCACUGCCGCAGCUCAAGUGGUACAACGGGACCAAACUCUACAGCGACGUCAGUGUGAAAUACAACCAGGAUUACGACGAGGUCAGUGCGAAACUGGUCCUGGCCAAAGUGUCCAAGUGGGACCACGGCUCCAACUUCACCUGUGUGGCUGACCAGGGGUACCCGGGCGUCGUGGGGCCGAAGUUCGCUUCUCGGACCUUAAAAGUGCACUACUCGCCAUUUGUGAGGAUCUUACAACCCUCUAUUCACGCGAGAGAGGGCGAGAAUGUGAACCUGACAUGCGCAGUGGACAGCAACCCGGCUGCCGUGAUUACCUGGAAGAAGUUAGGAGACACCAUGUCUGGUUUUGGUGGGAACGGCGGCCACAUCCUCCGCAUCCCGAAGCUGAGCAGACACGACAGUGGAGUGUUCCAGUGCACAGCAGACAACGGGAUCUACCCCAUCGGGGUGGGAACUGCCACGGUUGACGUUCUGUACCCCCCAACGAUCGAUCCAGCCAUAGAAGCUGAGGUUACCGUUCUGUACGGGACAGACGACUUCACGUUAGAAUGUCUGGCAACUGGAAACCCCAAACCUCAGAUCCGAUGGCGGCGGAAGGAUACAAGUCUGUACUGGGAAAACCCACUCCGGUUCCACCGGGUGCGCUAUGACGUGCAGGGGAAGUAUGAGUGCGUGGCGUCAAGCAAAGGGUUUCAGGAGGCUACAAAAACGUCCUUCAUCAAUGUUGUAGGUCGCCCCUCGAUACAGGGACGCGCUGCCAAGAUGGCCGUUCGUAGAGGCAGUACCGCACGACUUGUCUGUGACGUCACGGCCGACCCUGUCCCCGGGAAAAUCGAUUGGCUGUGGCGAAACAAACAUGGCGUCGAGAGAGCGAUCAACGUCCUGGACGAGAGUGUGAUGUUGGAUGAGAAAAUUACCCCCCAAGGCAAGAUGGGGUUUCUCGCCGUGAAGAACGUGGAUGAGGACAGAGAAGGAACGUACGAGUGCAGGGCGUCAAACAUGUUUGGGCUUGCGCAGAAGGAGAUUCAGUUGCAGGUCUCCGGUACUCAGAAUGCUCUUGGCGCCAUCAUAGCCACCACUGUCACAGUUGUCCUCCUGGUUGUGUUGAUCAUCAUUGGGGUUGUGCUGGCAAGAAGCAGGGGACUGAUUUGUCUUCAAAAGAAAACAGAGAUCCCCCGGGUACGAGCCUCUCGGUCAGCUGCUGCGCAUGCUAAGUACGGCAGAAAGCUGGGACACGGCACGAAUGAUUCCGGCAUAGAGGACCUGGAGCUACAUGACGUGGACGGGACCCUGAAACCACGCCCCCCUCCCCGAGCUGACAAGGACUGGGCAUCCGUAGGCCUGUCAUAUUCGGGUCUCGUCCACUCGGCAACCCUCCCACCUUACGCCACGGUGGAGAGACAGCGGCCUGAGGGGGGUGACACAGAGACAGAUAUCGAGUGGCAACUGACAGUGGAGCCGCCCGAGCCACCUCCUAAAGAGAACGUCAAACACCUGAUGAAACACGCCACGACAGCUUCCAACCGGAACAGCGCAGCAGCCGAAGAGCAAGGCGGUGGCUGUGAAAUUGUGUGACCGCCAUCUUACAAAAUGGCGGCCAGGAGCCGUGCAAAAACAUCUACUGAUGUAGGACAUCGGACAAAUUAUUCAAAACAUACCUGUUCAAAAGGAUUUCGUGACGAAAAAAAAUCAUUUUGAAAAAAAAAGUGUGGGUAUACGGUUUUCCUGCCA